GGGGGGAUUUGGGGGUUGGGGGCAUUGUGGGGUUGGGGACCCCGCUGAGCUCGCCACGAUCGUGGCUCGGGGCUGAGCGAGGCGGUCGGGAGCGGCGUGGGGGUGCGCAGCACGCGUGUCCCCACCUCGCAUGGCUCUGUCGCGCGUGGAUUCUGUCGCGAGUGGUGGCUCUGUCGCGGUGUCCCGGGGCGCGCAGGCUGCGGCGCGAUGGGCUUGAGAGCCUAAAGGCGUGAGCGCGCCUCGGUCACGCGUGGCUCCGCCGCGUGUCGGUGCCGUGGGCGCGGAGCCGAGCCCGGUGCUGAGCCCACGGCGGCCGUGGCCGGGCUGCGGGGGGGCCGGCAUGGAGCACUUAGGGGCUCACCACCUGCACCAAGGGCAAGCCGAGCCCAUCAGCUUCGGCAUCGACCAGAUCCUCAACACGUCGGAGCCGGGCAGCUGCAUGGUUUCGCACCCGCGGCUGCAGGACUCGGCGGAUUACGGCCUGGGCUGCAUCGUGGGCAGCGCCUACAACACGGUCACCGGCGGCUACGGGACCGGCGGCGGCUCGGCCGGAGCUUACACCGGCACCUCGUGCAGUAUGGGGGCCCUGCCCGGUUCCUAUAACGUGAACAUGGCGGUGAGCAUGAACGGCAACGCCUUGAGCUCGGCCGGGGGGGUGAUCCGCGUCCCGGCCCACCGGCCCGUUACCGGCGGCGUGCACCAGCCCCUCUCCGCCGCCGUGCCGCCGGUGAACGGCGUCAACAGCCUCACCGGGCUCACCUUCCCCUGGAUGGAGAGCAACAGGCGGUACACAAAAGACAGGUUCACAGUGGCCCUCUCACCCUUCACUGUAACACGCCGUAUAGGUCACCCCUACCAGAACCGCACGCCCCCCAAGAAGAAGAAGCCGCGCACGUCCUUCACCCGCCUGCAGAUCUGCGAGCUGGAGAAGCGCUUCCACCGCCAGAAGUACCUGGCCUCGGCCGAACGCGCUGCCCUGGCCAAAGCCCUGAAGAUGACGGACGCGCAGGUGAAGACCUGGUUCCAGAACCGGCGCACCAAGUGGAGGAGGCAGACGGCGGAGGAGCGGGAGGCCGAGCGGCAGCAAGCGAACCGCAUCCUGAUGCAGCUGCAGCAGGAGGCCUUCCAAAAAACCAUCAACCAGCCCAUCCAAGCCGACCCCAUCUGCGUCCACAACUCCUCUCUCUUCGCCCUGCAGAACCUCCAGCCCUGGUCCGACGACUCCACCAAGAUCACCAGCGUCACCACCGUCGCCUCCGCCUGCGAGUAAAGGCUCGGCACCUUCGGCGUCCCCCUUUUGUCGCCGCCGCCUCCGGCCACACGUGCGUCCCACGGAGCAAAGGGCGAGGACUGACGGGAGGGGAAAACCACCCCAAAAACUCUCCCCGCCCGUGGGGCUGCCGGAGCAGCGGUGUCGUCUCGCCUCCCCCCCAACCCUUUUGUUCUUCCCAAAGUCUCCGGUGCCGACCACGAACUUCCUGACGCGCUGCCAGACAAAAGCUGAGCCUUGACAGACGCGGCUGCGGGCAAGCGCCCAGCUUGGGGGGAAAACUUCCUCUGGGUUCUGCAGGGCUCGGGGCACCCCUAUAGGUCCCUAUGUGUAUAUAUAAAUCCCAUAUAUAUAUACACACAGACACCCUUCGGACUGAUGGAGACAAAAGGACGAGGCUCCCUGGGAAGCGCGUUCCUGCAGCCAGGCGUUGUGCCGGGCCGUUGGCGCUGGAGACGUUUUGGGGAUGCAACAAAUGGAGGAAACAACCCGGCUUUUUGAUUUUAUUUUUAUUUUUAUUAUUAUUUUAUUUUUCUCCUCCCGGCAGCAAUUUCUGCUGGCGACAGAUGCGAACCCUUCGGAUCUCACCUAGCCGUGUCUCCUCCCCUUUUUCAUUAAUUUUUUCGUGCGAGGGGGGAAUAAGCCGAGGAACUGACAGACUCCUGAGGACGGUAAACGUGAUAGCUCAAUCGCAGGAAGAGCCCAAACUGUCCCCGGCUGCCACGGACUCGGCGCCGAUCAAGCCUGCGUUUUAAUAACAAGAAGACCUCGGUGGCAGUUGGCAGGGGUAACGCGGUUUCUUUCGAUGGGUUUAUUUCCAUAUCAUUUGCAAAAUGCUGUCCGGUGUUUUCGUUUUCCCUGUUUUCCUUGAUGAGGCAGUUCGCGAGGGCAAAAAGCGAUCCGAUUUCACUCCCGACUUCGUUGUUUCUUUAACCGAGGGAAUGAGACACAAUUAAACAAAGCACUUCCUAUAGCAAAGGCCAGGAAUAUAUAGAUAUAUAUAUAUACAGUAUAUAUUUUUUGGUUACUUAUAAUCUAAAUCAGCACUGCCAAUUUAAACAGCUAGCACAAACGAGCGAUCAGAAAUCCUAUUUUCAGCGAGAUUUUAAAAGGCAUUCGUUUGUUUGUUCGUUUGUUUUUUAAGUUAUGCACUUCUACGGUGUUUUACGUGUAUUCAUUUUAUAAAGUGCUUGUGUAAUUUAUGUGGAAACGAAAAGGAAAAUAAAAAAAAAAUAAUAAUCUC